CCACAGUGCCACGUCAGGCCUGUAGCAAGUGCUCGUCUUCUUUCUGCCUCCCCAAGGUUAGAGAUAGGCCCGCCCGACUGGCAGGAAGCACUCAAAGAAAAAACAGGCACUCGGAGCCGGACUGAAACUCUCACGCCAGGAUCAGUUUUAAAUUUUCUCCUACACGAAAGCUUAAAGUGUAGGCUGCGACUUCUUUUCUCUGCGCACAUUCACGCAUAUGGCGUUAUUUCGUCUGUAGACAGGAGACAAUAUUUUUUUAUAUCGUCUGGUGCUUGAUGGAAACGCGCAAUCAUAAAAAAUGGUUGCAUUUGGAGACCAUCCGUGAAUGCGAUCUGACAUCCGUGCGUCAGAAAGGACAGGUCUGCAAGCUGGAAUCCUAGCCGGGUGUGAAGAGUCCUCGCUGAGCACCUUUAUUGCGGCGCGGGAGUGAAGGUGACUUGAGCCCCGACGCAGUCAAGGCAAUGCGGAGAGGAGCCACAGGCGCUCAUCCUGUACUUUUCCUGCGCCCUCAGGCUCGUCUGGGAUUUUUUUCCCACCCUUUCCCACAAUAAAUAAAGGUAGUGACAAAGAGCAAUAAGAAUAAAUCGAGCUUCAGUUGGAGAAGGUGAACUGGGUCUGUAAAGAGGUAAUAAGGCGACCGGUAAAGGGUGCAGGGUGGUCAGGUAGGAGACGAACAGCGGUGUAGGAGUUUUCUGUAUUAUUAUUAUUAGUGGUAAUAUUCGUGGCUGGGAUCAGACAGAAUCGUUCCGUCUUGGGGCUGUUUUAAUAGUGGAUGUGUAUGCAUGAGUUCUGCAUCGAAUGGGCGCAAAAACCGCCCCAGAUCCGCCGGGAACAUCUUCCAGAUCGGCAAGCCUCCGUGCAGAGACCAGCAGCGGAGGGAGAGCACCGAGAGUACCCGCAAAGCUCAGCGCGCCGUGGCCGACUGCAGAAUGGAGGAAGUUGGAGUACCCGCAGAGAAACCCCACAUUCAAUGGAAGAACAUGCAUACUCCUUGCAGAAAGACCAGGCUGAUCGUCCAAGAAUUCAACACACUUGUGGCUUUGUACCGUGAGCUGGUCAUCUCCAUUGGUGAAAUCACUGUGGACUGUCCUUCUUUGCGAGCUGAAAUGCUGAAGACCCGAACUAAAGGCUGCGAAAUGGCGAGGUCGGCUCACCAGAGUCUCUCCUUAAUUUCAGGGCCGGAGGACGGGGAAAUCCACCCUGAGAUCUGCAGGCUCUUCAUCCAGCUGCAGUGCUGUCUGGAGAUGUACAUCACAGAGAUGCUGAAAUCCGUCUGCUUGCUGGGAUCCCUGCAGCUCCAUAGAAAAGGUAAAGAUUCAUGUUGUCCUCCUCGAGUCGACAGUAAGACUGAAGAUUCUGACAUCCCCAUCCUGGAGGACACCUCUUCCUCACCCACUGAUUGUCCUCAGCUCUGCUGGCUGGUGGCCAACGACAUAGAAAAUAUUGAAAAGGAUAUGAGAGAUAUGAAGAACCUUCUAAGUAAACUCAGGGAGACAAUGCCUUUACCACUGAAGAAUCAAGAUGACAGCAGCUUGCUGAACCUGACCCCCUACCCUCUUGUCCGACAGAGGAAAAGGCGCUUCUUUGGGCUCUGCUGUCUGGUAACCAGCUAAAGUCCCUCCCCCUCCUUACGUAGGAGGCGACAACAAAGACACCAUCACCCACUGUCUGUCACCACUCGUGUCUCCCACCGAUCUACUACUGCCACUUUCAAAUCAAUUUUUUUUUCCUCUUUUUUUUUUUUUUUUUUUUAAAAAAGCUGCCCAUUUUAUAAUUUUAUUUUGUAAUACAAUGGAGAAUUGUAAGUACGAUGUAAUAAUAUCAAACAUCACAGUCAUAUAUUUUAGGAUAUUUUGCAGAAGCUUUUUCCAUUUUUGGUAAAAUGAAACAGCUGCUUUACUAA